AUUCGCGCACCAAAGAUACAUUUUUUUGAUUUCUCAUUUUUCUACGGUAAUGCAUUAUUGUUAACCAUUCAUUAGAAGUGAGAUAUAUAAGGGCAUUUUUUCAGUGACAUAAUUAUAACGAUUUGGUUUUGCUUGGUUUACAUUGAUAACUUCGAAAUCUCGUAAUGCGAAAUUUAAGCCGAUUGCCGUGCACGUUUUCUGUUGUUUACGUCGCGCAUCGCACGCUUGACCUCUCCUGGACGACACGCGGUGAUUUGGGCAUAUAGCAAUACGGAGAGCUGUGUGAUAUGAGCUAGUUGAGUAUAAACACUAGUGCUCAGUUCGCAUAGACACGCAGUUUUCGGAAUAGUCGGACGUGUAAAAAGUUGCAAAAAGAUUGAUUGUUAUUUAACUAUAUUAAUUAAUGUAAUUCCAAGUGCAAACAAAUGGAAUCCGGUGAUAUACCUAAUUCUGUCAGAGUGGAAGAAGAACCUUGUGAUACGUCUUUUGUUGAGAAUGAUAACAAUGUGAUUGAUGAGAAGCCCGAUGUUAAACAUAUCCAAUUCUUCGGAGAAUAUUCAACCGAUAUCCUUGCAAAAUGUGACGUUAAACUUGAAAAACGACUUGACAAAGAAGUAGAAAUAGUCGUUGAAUGUGAAGAUGUGAAGCCUAUUCAUUUACUGGCAGUUACAAAAAUUGAAGAUAAUUGUAAAGAUCAUUCGAAGAAUAUGAACGAUAGCGAUGUUUACAAUACUCAAAACAAAAUUAAAAUAGAACCUGCCGAGGAAAUGAAACGAGAAAUUGUCAGCGAACAUAAAAUCAAAGCAGUCAUUAGUUUGGUACAUAAUAAAAAUACUCAUUUAUGUAAUAUUUGCGGAAAGUCAUUUGUGCACAAAAUGAGUCUCAAAAGACACAUCGAUUACGUGCACAAUGGUGUCAAACAUGUAUGUGAUAUUUGCGGCAAGACGUAUAAAGACAAGAAUAGACUUUAUAGGCAUGUUCAAACAGCGCAUAAUGGUGUCACCUAUUCAUGUGAUAUUUGUAGAAAGACAUUCUCAACCAAAUGGUAUGUCAAAAUCCACGUCGAUUCGAUGCACAAUGGAAUUACCCACUCAUGUGAUGUUUGCGGAAAGACACUCUCAACCAAAUGGUAUCUUAAAAUACACGUCGAUUCGAUGCACAAUGGGAUUACCCACUCAUGCGAUGUUUGCGGAAAGAAAUUCUCAAAGAGGUGUAAUCUCAAUAAACACAUGGAUUCGGUACACAAUAAAAUCACUCACACAUGCAAUACAUGUCAGAAGUCGUUCACAACUAAAGAUUAUCUCAAAACCCACAUCGAUUCGAUGCAUAAUGGUAUCGCGCCUAGAUGCAGUGUAUGCGAAAAGACAUUCACACUAAACAGUCAUCUUAAAACACACAUGGAUUCUGCACACAAUGGUGUCACGCAUACGUGUAAUACAUGUGGAAAGGCAUUCAAAUUUAAAAGUAAUCUCAGAAACCACGUCAAUUCGAUACAUGUCAAAAAGCACAUCGAUGCGGGACACUGCGGUAGUAUCAAAUAUGCAUGUAAUACAUGUGGAAAGUCAUAUUCACAAAAGUGUAAUCUAAAAACCCACAUUGAUACGGUGCAUAAUCGCGUCAAAAAAGUAUGCAAUAUUUGUGGGAAAACCUUCUUAUCUAAUCGGUAUCUCAAAGUCCACGUCGAUUCGGUGCACAAAGGUGUCAGGCAUGCGUGCAAUACAUGUGGAAAGAAAUUCACAACGAAAGAUUAUCUAAAAAUCCACACUAUGGCGCAUAACGGUGUCGAAUUUUCGUGCGACAUUUGCGGAAAGAAAUUCUCAACUAACAAGUAUCUCAAAUACCAUAUUAAUUCGGCUCAUCACUCGCGCAUCUAUGCUAAUAAAAUGUUCAACCCCUCAAUUGUCCAUUUUCAGCUUUCUAGUCUCUUUUCAGCUCAUUUCGCUCGCGCUAAAUUCUGCAAGCUUACUUUUAUAGAAAUUGUUAACGUUAUUCAUCACAUUACUUUUUUUAUAAAAGGAUAACGAUUUUAUUACAGGUCAGGGAAAAGUCAUCACUUUAAUCAUUUUAUAUU